AUGACUGAAAGUGUAGACGAAUCGCUAGACGAUCUAGCAGUACUUGCCUUGCUGCUGGAUGAAGAAGAGGAAAAGAACAACGAACAAAUAGGAUUUGGGUUCAUGAUUUAUGGAAAAAAAGAAAAAUUGAAGGUGAAUUAGCUACUUUGUAUGGAGAGUUGGUAGAUCACGAAACAAAAUUUUUUGAAUAUUUUCGAAUGUCACACAGUACUGUUUUAAUUUAUUAUUAAGUAAAAUUGAACAUGAUAUAAAAAAACAAGAUACUUUUUGGAGACCAGCAUUUAAUAGCUUGAAUUUUUUUAUGUAAAUGACAUACUAUUGCCAUCAGCGACUAGCAGUUGUUCAUUUCAAAUGUGUACCUAUAUCAAUUAUUAAAAUAUAAUCUUGAAUAUGCUAUAAUAUGCUUAUAUUAAAAUUAUCGUUUUUACAAUUUAUUAAUUUUUUAAAUUAAAUAAUAAUUUAAUUAUAAAUUCUUAAUAGUUGUUUAGUAAAAACAUGUUAUCUAUACUAAAAAAAUACAUAAUUAAGUACUAACAAAUACCACUUGCCUGUUAGAUUUAUUUCAUUUCCAAUAGAAUUCCAAAUGUUGUCUUUAUGAGCAGUAUCCAUAUAUUUUGGGUGUGAAAGGUCGUAUAAUUCUAUAUGAGAACGAACCAUUUCUAUAAUUUUUUCGUCGGCAUUGGUACACAUGAUUUCAGAUUUUGGUGUAUAAGUUUUUGAAAAAACAACUUUUUAAAAACUUAAAAAACUUUUUAAACUUAAAACUUUUUUUAAAUUUUACAAAUACGUCUCGCGAGUAGGUAAGAACAAACCGAUCGAGUUGACAGNCUCCGACAAAUUUUAAAGUACGGAAACGGACCGUGCGGAUACGGAACGGACAUGUAUAAGCAUACCCAUUUUGUAAUAAGUAAACAAACUUUAAACUUCGGACACGGAACGGACGGCACUGAUACUGAACGGACACGGAACGGAUGUAUGUAAAUAGACCUUUACACGGGAUUAUAUUUGUAAUUCAUACGUACGUAUGUAGUGUCGAAAGGAAUGUAGCGAUGUUAGGGGAGGGAAGUUGCUAUGAGAAACAAAGCCGUCCUCCACGGAUCCGUGUUAAUUGCACGUAGAACGCAGUUUUCAAAUCGUUAGAAUGAGUUCCUCUACUUAUUUAUUGCCACUUCGAGCAAUGCUGUGGUUUUAUACCGAAAUCUGGACGAAUUACGGUUAUACGUAUCUGCCGAGUAAUUAUUUAUAAGUACUCGGUUCUUUAAUUAAUAAUAAUUGAAUUAACACAAAAUUAUAAUAUUAAAAUAAUAAAAACAAAAUUAACGAUGAAAAUAACAUUAAAAAGUAUUUUUAUUUAAACAUUUUGAAACUUAAAAUUAUUUAGUAAUCGUAAAAAAAAAUAAUAAUUGAAUAGCAUAUCCUACAAACUAUAAUUUAACAGCCAAAUGGUCCGUUAACAAGUAGAUAAUAAAUUCAGUCUCUAAGUACAAAGUCUUUCUACUGAUAUCAGUGUUAUUAGAAAUGAGUUAGUGGCACACAUACAUUCAUCGCUUUCGGUGGGGUGGUUAAUGCAAGUACCUUGUCAGGUUCAUUAUCUUUAUUUAAAUCUUCAAUCAUGUUAAUGAGCAGUGGUAAUGUUCUCCAUUGGUCAUAAUUUUUUUUUUUUUUGGAUCAAUUUCAUUUUUUAUUAUUCUAGGCUAUAGUAAUACUGGACUGUUAAUAUAUUUGUUGAUUGUAUAAAUUAGAACUCGUCGAUUGAAUGUCGCAUGUUUUAUAUGACUCAUCCAUUUCGGUUAUUGGUCCAGUGUUCGCUUGUAUUGGCGGAUAGCGAAAUCAAAAAAAAAAAGUUAUAAUAUAUUAAUAAAAUAUUUGAAUUGUCAAAUUUUUAAGGAAAUUGUGAACUAUUAACUAUGUAUGUUGUACUUAUGACAAUAGACGGGUAAAGUGAUUGGAAUCAUGUGGUAUUAUAGUGUAGAUUUUCUGUAAAUACUAAAAUCAAAUUUAUUCUUUACUAUGGAAACUGUAAGAUCUAAGUAAUUUACUUAAUUAUUUAUUUGUAUUUCGAGUGUAAAAUUAUUAAAUGGUUUUUAUUUAUUUUGUUUAAGAAGUAGUUAACUAAAUGUUCUGCUUGUCUAUUCGAACCUCUGAAUAAAAUAAAAUCGGUUUAGGUUAGAUUUAAAUUAGGUGUCUAUAUUUGUAUUAUUUUUCAUUCAAAGAUUAAAGUUUUUUUUUUUUUUUUUUAGAAUUCAAUGAUUCUUAAUCUUACGUAUAUUGAACGUAUAAACGGCAUUUCUAAAAUUAUGAAUAUUAAAAUUACGUCAAAUGUGUCCCAAGGGUUAG